AUGGGUGGCUCUGCCUUUUCCUGCGGCAGAGCUCCGCUGCGCACUCCGCGCAUGCUGCCCAGCAUCUACCAUGCGCAGAAGCAGCGUUGCCAGGCUCUCCUCCGCAAACUCUACGUCCACGUCGACUCACCCAUCGACGGUCCGGGAAAGAAGGACUUUGGUGACAUUGACAUUCUCGUCUUCCAACGCCGUCCAGAAGCCCCGCCGCCCCCUCAGCCUCUCAGCGAUACAGAGCCCGGGUAUGAGCUCAUCCACGAGCUGGCUACUCUUCUCGGCUCAAAACGCACCCAGUUCGCCGAAAAGUCAUCCUCUAACCUCGCCAUACCAUGGCCGACCGACGCUGAUGACCAGGUCACACCCGAUGCCGCUGAUGAUGCCUCCGCGGCGGCCCCCUCUUCCCCUGGCUCUUCCCCCGACAAAGAGCAAAAGUACAUCCAAGUCGACGUCCGCAUCUCCCCCAGUCUUGAGGAGCACAAUUGGAUGCUCUUCAAACACGCACACGGCGACAUCUGGAACAUCAUCGGAUGCCUCGUCCGACCGUACGGACUCACAAUCGACGACACGGGCAUGUACCUCCGCAUCCCCGAGAUUGAGAAAAAGAAUAAGAAACUAGCCAAGGUGCACCUCACUUCGGACCCGAAUCGUGUGCUCGACUUCCUCGGGCUGCCGCACACCGGUGCCGAGUAUGAGUGCAUCUGGAUCGACGAGCCCUUUGCCACACCGGACGCCAUGUUCGAGUACGUCGCGCUCUGCCGCAUGAUGUAUGUCAAACCUGAUCUAGGUAUCAAAGGUCUCCAAGAGGAUUUGGAAAACCUCAAGUACAGCGAUCGGCACCGCCUCAAGACCCGACCCGUCUUCAAGGCCUGGAGGGAGGGCUUCUGCCAGCGGUGUCGGCUCGAGGGGCGCUUCGCAGUCGAGCAGAUGUCGCGGGAAGAAGUCACUGCGGACGCGCUGGAGGUAUUUGGCGUGCGAAACCUGUUCGAGAACCGCCAGCGCGAGUUCCGGCGUGAGAGCCAGCGUUCCCGUAUCCGGGACGACCUCAUCAAGGGCGUUGCCCCGCUACUGACGCCGGACUGUACGGCUCACAUGGCCAUGACCACGCGCGGAUGCCUGGAAAAGGGCCUCAAGAAGAUUAUACUGGAGCGCGAUGAAAGCUACGGGGUACAGUUUGACGAAUCCAUGCUCGACGCAGACGGUCUCUACAAGGAGGACGAGGUGAAGAGGUUCAUUGAGCAGCACAAGGAGGCGGUGCAGGUGGCAGCUAUAGCAAAGCAUCACGCACUGUUCAUAGCUUCGAAGGAAAGAAAGUUGAAUGAACAGAAGCAAUCCAAUUCAGAGGAGCAGAAGGCGGAGGUGGAGGCGGGGAAGCAGGAACAACAGGCAGAGGAGCAGAAGUCAGAGGAGCAGAAGUCAGAGGGGCAGAAGUCAGAGGAUUAG